GAAGUUUGUAAAUACCUUACCUGGCAGAUUGAAUUUCUGUUGGAGAGGUGUAAAAAUAUAAAAUGAAGUACUGCAAAGAUUUGAAUUUCACGGAGCUGUGGGUGAAUGAAGGCCUGAACCCCUGUUUCAUUGACACGGUCGCCUCGGGGGUGAUCCUCCUCCACGUCUUCGUGUGUGGCUGUAUACAGUGCUCGCUGUACAGGAAGUAUGCCACCAUACUUCCCGAGAAGAACCUGCCCUGUUCCUGCGGCUUCACCCUGCAGGUGAUGCUGACCCUUCUUCUGAUGCUGGAGAUCGCGAUACACGUGAUUCUGUUGGACACUUCCAUUCGGGACCAGUCGGUGGCCGGGUACCAGCUGUUUACAGCUCUGUCCCUUCUCUACUGCUGGAUGACGUCUGUCCGACUGAUGUUCUACGAGAGGAGACAGAUUCUGUUGUCGAUUCCAAAGCGUGGGCAUGGCCUGAUCUUACUGGUCUUCUGGAGUCUCGUUUUUAUCAAGGAAAACCUGCCUUUCAUAUCGUGGUGGAGUGACAGUUAUUGGUGGUCUUUGAAAGGGUAUUCAGACCACCUGGAAUUUGGCUUAUGGGUUGUACGAUACAGCUGUUCAACACUGCUUUUACUCCUGGGAUUUUUGGCGCCUGGUCUAAACAGAAACCUGCAUCAUUUAGUGUCUGAUGUGGAAACUUCAGAGGGGCCAACACCAGAGGUCGCUGUUAAUCAGUCCACGUGGCAGAACGUGCUGGGGAAACUGAAGUUGAUGAUUCCGUACGUGUGGCCCAAGGGGAGUUACUGGCGACAGGUUGUGGUGUUGGUCUGUCUGCUGAUUCUGGCCGCCGGGCGGGGGAUAAAUGUCCUGGUCCCUCUCUACAGCAAAUACAUCAUUAACAGUUUGACAGAUCAGCCUAACAAAGUGGGAAAUGACCUUGCAGAGCUGAAGGUCACUGGUCCAGAAUUCCUUUACGACGACAUUCUCAUUUACUGCCUCCUCAUCUUCCUUAAAGGAGGGGGACCAGGGACCACAGGGUUUUUGAAUAACGCCAGGAAUUUUCUAUGGAUACCGGUACAACAGUACACAACCAGGAGAAUACAGGUCCGACUGUUCAGUCACCUACACAGAUUGUCACUGCGAUGGCAUCUACAAAGAAAAACCGGGGAAGUGCUGAGAGUGAUGGAUAGAGGAACAAACAGCAUCAAUAGUCUUCUCAGUUAUGUGGUGUUCCAGAUCUUGCCGACGAUCGUGGACAUAAUUAUUGCUAUCAUCUAUUUCGUCACCGUUUUUAACUACAUAUUCGGAUUGGUGAUCUUCCUCUGCAUGGCCCUAUAUCUAGCUGUCACUAUCUGGAUCACAGAAUGGAGGACCAAGUACCGACGACAAAUGAACAAGCUGGACAAUGACAAAAACUCUCGGGCUGUGGACUCCCUGCUCAAUUUCGAAACGGUGAAAUAUUACGCUGCUUCGGAAUUCGAGACCUCCAGAUUUGACACAGCCAUAAAAGAUUAUCAGAUUGCGGAAUGGAAAUCCACAGCCUCCUUGAAUUUACUAAAUACCCUCCAGAUCCUGGUCAUCACCAUGGGUAUGAUCAGUGGCUCCCUCUUGUGUGCUUACGCAGUGGUGUAUUCCAUCAGCCACCUUCACCUGACUGUGGGGGACUAUGUGUUGUUCGGGACGUACCUCAGUCAGUUGUAUGGACCUCUGAACUGGCUGGGGACGUACUAUAGAAUAAUCCAGCAGUCGUUUAUCGAUAUGGAGAACAUGUUUGAACUGUUAGAUGAAAAUCAGGAGAUAAAGGAUAUACCAGAUGCCAAGGAAAUUGAAGUUACCAAUGGUAAAAUAGAGUUCAAAAAUGUCUGCUUUCAUUAUGAGGAAAGCAAGAAGAUCCUGAAGGAUGUGUCUUUUGUGGUGCCAGCCGGACAGACAAUUGCUUUGGUUGGACACUCCGGCAGUGGAAAGAGCACAAUCAUCAGGCUGUUGUUCAGAUUUUAUGACGUCGUCUCCGGCAGAAUUCUGAUUGAUGAACAAGACAUCUCUCUUGUUCAACAAGAAUCUCUGCGUCAACGAAUUGGUGUUGUGCCCCAGGAUACUGUGCUAUUUAAUGCUGACAUCCGUUACAAUAUCCGAUAUGGUGAUGUGGAUGCCAGUGAUAUUCAGGUGGAAGAAGCUGCGGAUAAUGCGGAUAUCCACGAGAGAAUCUUGUCAUUCCCUAGUGCGUAUGACACUGUAGUCGGAGAGAGAGGACUGAAGUUAAGCGGAGGAGAAAAGCAGAGGGUGGCCAUUGCACGAACAAUCCUGAAGAACCCACAAAUUGUCCUGUUAGACGAGGCUACAUCAGCACUGGAUACGAAGACAGAACGUAACAUUCAGGCCUCCUUGGAGAGGGUGUGCGAGAACCGGACGACGAUAAUCGUGGCACACAGACUGUCAACAAUUAUACAUGCUCAUCAAAUCCUAGUCAUGAAGGAGGGGGAGGUGGUUGAAAGGGGAACACACAAGGAGUUGCUACAGUUGAAUGCUUUCUAUGCUGACAUGUGGCACCAGCAGCUGACAAGGAAAGAAGAAGUUAACGAUGAGAAACUACAGGACGAAAAUGGAAGUCACCCUGCAGGAAGUAUAAACGCGGACGACGACGCCUCGUGACGCUGUCGAUGAUGCCUCGUGACUCACUGGACGUGUUCUUUAGAGUUGUUGUAUUUUCACUGUUAGCAGCGAGUCGAUUACACUCCUACAAUGGAGAAUACACUGUAAAAUCAGUCCCCACGUAUAUAUCCUUAGGUCAAAAAGUAGGAAAGAGUUUUACUAUUAUUAUUUUUGUUGGAUGAAGUUUUUAAAAGGCCUACCACUCCUGUGGAAAGAACAUGUGUAAUGCUGUGUUAAAUUUCCUUGUGUCAUCAACUUUUGGGGGGAGGGUGUGUGUGUUAAUCAAGGGCAGAUAACUUAAUGCUUAUCUUAUCUCAACUGCAAUACUUUCACCACGUGAAAAUACUGUAAGUGACUUUAUAGUAUUUCAUUUUUUGUGUAGAUUUUCAAAAUGUAGUGAAGUUUGAUAUUAUACAAAUAUAGUCCUUUCAAUCGAUCGAUCCAUCGAUGAAUCGACUUCACAGAAAUGGAGCACGAAGUGCGAGGUCGAUAUGCUUUUCUGUGAAGUCGAUAUACUGGGUAUCUAUAUAUAUAUAUAUAUAUAUAUAUAUAUAUAUAUAUAUAUAUAUAUAUAUAUAUCUGUGGAUUGAUAGGGCUACAUUUGCUAUAUUAUUUUUCAAAGAUUGCUUGACAAAAUUAGGGAACAUAAAUUGCAAUAUUUUUAAUAUAAUGAAUUUAUUGGAAUAACCUAACUGCCUUUGUAGAAGCUCUGUUCAUGUUCUUUUCAUCAACAUUCUACAUAAUAGCUCUAACUUGGUGUUCAUUUACAGUCGCAAAACGACAUCUGCAGGCUUCGCUUCCAUAUUGUUUAGAAGUAGGUAAUGACGGGCAUUGGAAAGAGAAUUUGAUAUAGGGCUCACGGCGGGUGUGACCGGUCAACAGGGGAUGCUUACUUCUCCUGGGCACCUGAUCCCACCCCUGGUGUGUCCAGGGGUCCGUGUUUGCCCAACUUUCUAUUUUGUAUUGCUUAUAUGAGUUUUGAGAUUGAUCACUAUUCUUUAUCUUCACCUUGCAUUGGUAGGAAUGACAUACGUCAGCGAAUCACAUUCAUUGUUGCACAUAGCAAAAUUUCCCUAAUCUAUUAUUAGAAAGUACAGGUCAAUCCGAGUUUUUUUUAUUUUUAUAAUUAGAAAGACCCAGUCAAUUCGCAUUUAUAUUCUUUGACACGUGAUAUCAAACGAACCAAUGGUGAAGUACAUUACAAUACAUAAAAAUAAUAUUGAUUAAUGUUGUGUGAUAUAAUAUGUUAUUGUUUGAGAUUUGGUGUAAUAUAUUGUAUGUAUGUCUCUCUAUUAUUGAUUGCAUGAUUUCAAUGUGAUAUUUUGUUAUGAUUGUCUUUUACUUUGUAUAAACUUUUUUUUUGAUCAGAAAUUAUGUAAAUUAGAUGUGAUAUGAAUUUUGAAAAUAUCUUUCUGGUAAAUGGCAUGUUAAUGGAUCAUUGGUCUGCCAGUUAAUCCAAGAUAUUGUGAUUUUUGAAGUAAUAAGUUCCCCCAUAUUAGACGAUAGAUUUGAAACUUGUUGCUGGACAAUUUGUGUUAUGGGAGAAAUGUUUCUCUCAGUGUUAUUACUGGAAGAAAAUUUUAAUCAAAUCAUUAUUAAUAAUCGAUUAUUCGGACACGCAUAUUAUUGCAGGCGAUGUGGAACGUGAUAACAAGCUCACUCCAGUGGUCACGUGUUACUUUUUCUAUACUUGUAAUUUUGGAAUGUUUUAAGUGACUCACAAAGUCAGAUUCCUGAUUACAAUGCAGUAUAACUAUGUCUAUGUUAUACAUUGUUCUUCAUUAUCAAAAGUUAUAGAAAUCCUGUUUGACAUGUUUAUAGCAGAGUGUCAUGAAAAACAAUAUGAAAUCAUUUUGAUGCGUCCUACGAAAACAUCAGACGUGUCAUAGAUAUUCCGAUAUUUGUGUCUGAGAAGGUAUGGGAACAUGUAGAAUUGUAUGUCAUUCUCUUAAUGUAUAGGUCAAUGUCUGUGAUGGUGUGUAACGUGUGGUUUGUUAUUUAUAUACAGGAAACAGCACAGAGAGACGCUAAUUUAAGUUUCCUGUGUAUCGGAAACUUCUGCCGAUUUCUAAUCAGAACACAAUAUCGUGAAUUAUUAUGACUUCUUGAUUAACAAUUUGUAGAGUUAUGCAUUUACACAUAACAGUAAAUUUUGUUAAACUGUUAUUGUAUGAUUUUAUGAUAAACCAAAGAAACCCUGUCUUGUCGAUCCAAUUAUUUGUUUCAUACAUUAUAGCCAAAGAGUAUAAUUAUUUUUUAAUUGCCACAUCUCUUUAUUGUUUUACUUACAAAGUAGAUGUAUUUUGUCAGCUGAGAUUGAAAUUUAAAUGUGUAUUCUGUCAGCGGAGAUUGAAAUUUAAAUGUGUAUUCUGUCAGCUGAGAUUGAAAUUGAAAUAUUUUAACUAUAGGACUUUGUUUCAGCUUCAUUAGUUUUUUUUAAUUUGACAUUAGACUAGUAUCAUUAGUAUUGUUUGUAUAGGGGGACAAUGGUGCCGUCAGAAACAAAUUAAUUUAUUUUAACUUCAAAUGUGAUAUUAAUGUUUUAAUUAUUGAUUCAUUUAAACUGAAAUUCUGUAUUUCAUAGAUGAUGUAUUUGUAUCUUUAAGGAUGAAUAAUUAUACAAACACAUUGUCACAAAUUUUCAAGUGGAUGUAUGUCGUUAUGGCAAAAAUAAAAUCAGAAAUGUU